AUGCGGGGUCAUUCGAUACAUGAGCCUCCACCAUUAGCAGAGAAGCUCACUGAUGACCCCGUGACAUCGAAAACAGCACAAAGCACGGUGACAUGCGUUUACCUUGCCAACAUUGCAAUGAAUUGGCGGAAGGUCACGGUCAUUUGGUGCAAAAAUCUCAUGAACCAUUACUUGAACAUAAGGAUCGAUAGUCUAGGAGGUGAUUUCCAUUACACUUGCAAAAUCGACCUCAAGCCGUGGCAUUUUUGGAACAAAAAAGGGUACAAGUCAUUCGACGUUGAAGGGACUCAUGUUGAAGUCUAUUGGGACCUUCGAUCUGCUAAAUUCGUAGGAGGUCCAGAACCGAAUCAUGACUUUUACGUUGCACUUGUUUGCGAUGAAGAAGUUGUGUUACUCUUGGGAGACAUGAAGAAAAAGGCUUACAAGAGAACCAAAGCAAGGCCGUCGGUGGCUGAGGCCGUUAUGUAUUACAAAAAAGAAAACGUGUUUGCCAAGAAAAGCUUUGCCACUAGGGUGAGAUUCGACGAGAAGAAGAAAGAGCAUGACAUUGUUGUGGAGAGCUCAACUUCGGGGCUAAAAGACCCUGAAAUGUGGAUCAGCAUAGACGGGAUUGUGUUGGUUCACGUCAAGAAUUUACAAUGGAAAUUCAGAGGGAACCAGACUGUGAUGGUGAACAAUCUUCCUGUCCAGGUCUUUUGGGAUGUUCAUGAUUGGCUUUUCAGUACUCCAGCAACAGGUCAUGGUCUUUUUAUUUUCAAACCCGGGGCACCUGAUUCGGAAGAUAACGAUUACGACGGAGAAGGCAUGGAUCAAUGCGGCGGAGAGAGUGACAAUGGCAGUGCCUAUUUUUCAACUCGGAGUCUAAACACGACAGCUUCUGACUUCUGCUUGUUUCUUCAUGCAUAUAAGCUUGAAUGA